AAGAAAAGGAAAGAAAGAAAGAAAGAGCGUGGGUUUGGUUUGGUUUGGUUUGGGGUGUGGUUGUGGAAGGAAGGGAGGAAGCAAACGUGGGUUGUUUGUGGCUGCACCAGUGGGCUCAGCCUCAGGUGCCCAUUGCCAAUGCCAAUGUCAAUGGCGGUUUCUUUUUGCUUCUUCUUCUUCUAGAUCAAUGGAGUCUCUAGGGUUUCUCUUUUCUUUCUCUUUCUCUUUCCUCCCAUUUAUAACGGAACUCAUGGUCGCCAUUUUUUCCUAGUUUUAAUAUCUUGCCCUUGGUCGCCACACUUUCCUUUCUUUUCCUUUUUCCACCAUUUUCCUCAUUUUUCUCUUUCUUACAGCUUUUUUGCUUCGUUCGAGACAUUGGUCGUGGCCUUCAAAAGAUUCCUCCCUAUAUUCCUUAUUUUCGCCUCACGAUUUCUUCGAAGCUCUCUCUCUCGGAGGUGGUGUUUUUGUUCAGAAAUCCCACGCAUUUGCCUCCUCACUCGAUUGCGAUGACUUGGGGACAAUAAGGUUUUUUGAAUCCAACACUUGGAAUCAACUAUCCCUGAUCCACCAGUGAAACGAAAGAAACUGUUUUAGUUAAUUUGGUAAAGAUGCCAUUCAAAAGCAUAGUUAGGGAGAUGAGGGAAGGCAUUGGGAGCAUAUCGAGAAGAGGGGUAUUGCCAAAGCACGGCAGUCAUCGCAGGACUAAAUCCCAUAUUGCACCUGAAGCUUCGUCUUCGUCGGGGGCGCCGCGGCCUUCGCCGUCUUGGCCGGCUUCUUCCACGCUGUUUCAGCAGAGCCGGUGGGCGAACUUGCCGCCGGAGUUGCUCAUCGACAUAAUCCAACGCGUGGAAGCGAGUGAGACCUCGUGGCCUGCUCGGAGGGAUGUGGUUGCUUGUGCCUCUGUUUGCAGGUCUUGGAGGGAAAUCACAAAGGAGGUCGUCAAGACUCCUGAGCAAUGUGGCUGGCUUACCUUCCCUAUCUCACUGAAGCAGCCCGGGCCAAGAGAUGCUCCGAUUCAGUGCUUUAUUAAGAGGGAAAGAGCGACUUCAACAUAUAGACUUUAUCUUGGUCUAACCCCAGCUCUGGCCGGCGAUAUGAGUAAAUUGUUGUUGGUGGCAAGAAAAAUCAGAAGAGCAACAAGUACAGAAUUUUUGAUAUCCUUGUCUGCAGAUGACUUCUCCCGAACAAGCAAUAGUUACAUUGGAAAACUAAGGUCUAAUUUCUUGGGCACGAAGUUUACCAUUUAUGACAGUCAACCAUCAUGUGACCCUGUGAUCCAAACAAAUUGUAGGUCACGGAGAAGAAUUCAUUUGAAGCAGGUGUCUCCACGGGUACCUGCUGGUAAUUACAGUGUUGCAACGAUCUCAUAUGAACUCAAUGUCCUGCGUACAAGGGGUCCAAGGAGAAUGCAGUGCACUAUGCACUCGAUCCCAAUAUCUUCAGUUCAAGAAGGGGGAGUUGCGCCAACUCCAACAGAGUUCACAAAUUGCCUCGACGAGCAUUGUUCUUCCUCACCAUCAUCAGUUUCGAAUGGAAAAAAGCCGCUUGUUGAGUUUAGCUCCGCUAACCUUGGUGACUCCAUGGAAUUGGUCCACUGCACAAGGGAUCCACUUGUUUUGAAAAACAAAGCUCCAAGAUGGCACGAGCAGCUGCAAUGCUGGUGCUUAAAUUUUAAGGGACGUGUUACAGUGGCUUCUGUGAAGAAUUUCCAAUUGGUGGCAGCUGCGGAGCCUUGCCAAAAUAUUUCAGCGGCUGAGCAAGAGAAAGUGAUACUGCAAUUUGGGAAGAUCGGUAAAGACAUUUUCACAAUGGAUUAUCGCUAUCCUCUAUCUGCUUUCCAAGCCUUUGCAAUCUGCCUAAGUAGCUUUGACACGAAACCAGCCUGCGAAUGACCAUUCACAUCGGCCGUCCAUAAAAGUUGAACUGUAUAUAUACUUUUGAAGCUAAGCACUGUAUGCCUUUGCCCUUUGUCUUGAGCAAAAGGGUCUUCGUAGGUCUGGAACGAGUUUGUAUGGCUGUAUCAGAUAAAGAGUGAUGUAAGAUUUUCAAUUUAUUUAUUUGCACUAAGAAGCUCAGUGUCUUUUUGAUCCGAAUAUGUAAACAUUAUUUCCAGGAAUUAUAAGGCUCAAUUUAAGUGGCUUCUGAAAAACUGUUGAUCUUUUCCAAUGAGGAGGGGAGA